AUGAAAACCAUCCUCGUCCUCACACUCGCCAUCACACGCGUCCUCGCCCGUACUGGUCAUGGCCUUGUUGGUUAUGGCAUCGGCGAAGACUCCUUCCUCCCCUACUGCGCUUUCUCCUGCCGUGGGGCCAUCUCCGGUGCGACGCUCAACUGCUCGAUGACGAUGGACAUGGACGGCAUGCAGAUGACGACCACCGAUUCAUCCUGCUAUGCAACCGACGACGCCUUCCUCCAGACGCUCGCCUACUGCGUCUCCCAGAAGUGUGCCGACAUCCCCGUCUGGCGCCUCGAGAGGUGGUGGAAGCUGAACGUGGCUGGCAUCGACGACGUCCAGCCGGACCCGAAGGAGACGUACGGAGAGGCUCUCCUCAAGGCCGGCACGCCCGCGGUGGUCUACGCCGCAACGGGCUCGCUCAAUCAGACGAGCAUCGUUUCGGACGCUCUGUGGGUCCCGGCCUACACUACAAACAAUGUUUUCUGGGCAGGAGAGUACGUCCAGACGAGAUAUGGCCUCGUCAUCUUGCUGUCCGGCGUCAUAUUCCCCAUCGCGUUCUCCCUCCUGCGCUUCCUCCCCUUCCCCGCCGUCUGGCGCACCAAGUUCAACGCCGUCGUGAUUGAGGCUCCGUUAUUCGGGAACAAGCACGACACAUACGUCUUCAACGGCCUCUUUCAGAUGCCCAAGCGUGGUCAGGCUCUCUUAAUCCUUUACUUCAUCAUCCUCAACUUCGUCGUCCUCAACGCUGUCAACUACAACUAUCCCGGUGACAGCAACACAUGGUACCCUAAUGACCGGACGCGGUGGAUUGAGAUGCAGAUCAGCAAUCGUUUGGGCUUGAUCAGCUUCGUCAACAUGCCCCUGCUCUUCGUCUACGCUGGUCGCAACAACGUCCUUCGCUGGGUCACCGACUGGUCCCAUUCCACCUUCCUCUUCCUUCACAGCUGGAUCGCUGCGAUCGCCACGAUCGAAGCCAUCCUUCACAGCUUAAUCUAUCUUCGAGCGUACGUCGUCAGCGGCACGCACGCCUCCGAGUCCAAGCUUCCGUACUGGUACUGGGGCGCAGCAGCGACGAUCGCCAUGGCCGUCCUCCUCCCAACAUCCAUCGCCCCGCUGCGCCGGAAGCUCUACGAGCCUUUCCUCGCCUGGCACGUCGCGCUCUCCAUCCUCGCCCUCGCCGGCUGCUACUGGCACAUCGUCUUCAGAUACGCGCACCAGUGGGGCUACGAGGCGUUGAUCAUCGUCUGCACCGCGAUUUGGGCGUUCGACCGCGUCGCCCGCGUCCUCCGCUUUGCCCGCCACGGCGUCCAGACCGCACACAUCGCCGUCAUCGACGACACAUACGUCCGGAUCACCGUCCCCGGGGUCGCCACCCACGGCCACGCGUACCUCUACUUCCCGACGCUUUCCUGGCGCGUGUGGGAGAACCACCCGUUCUCGGUCGCGGCCACCACGCUCGCGCCGACCCCCCGCCCCGGCACUGACGCGGGCACGGACAAGCACACGGACGGCCGCGACGUCGAGUCCGACCGCGGCAGCACUUUGAAGAAGCCUCGCGGUGCUGCCAGCGCGCCGCUCCCGGGCACGACCAUCUACGCGCGCACCGAGCACGGCCUCACCGCGUGCCUCCGCGGCCGCACGACGCUCCCCGUGCUCGUCGAGGGCGACUACCCGUCCCACCCGCCGCUCGCCGCGGACCCGCGCCGCGCGCCGACGCUCGUCGCGCUCGCCGCCGGCGUCGGCGUGACCGCGGUGCUCCCGCACGUGCGCGCGCACCCGGGCCGCGCGGUGCUGCACUGGGGCGCGCGCACGGCGGCGCUCGUCGACGACGUCCGGCGCACGGUGCCGUUCGGCGCGGGGGUCGAGGCGGAGGUCGUCGUGGGCCGGCGGCUGGACGUGCGCGCGAUCUUGGAGCGCGAGCUCGUGGGGGCGACGGGCGAGGUGUGCGUGCUGGCGUGCGGGCCGGCGGGGAUGCUGGACGAGGUGCGGGCGGCGUUUGGGGAGAUCGUGGGCCGGGAGAAGGUUAAUGCGAGGCUCGAGGUAGAGUCCUUCAGCUGGUAG